GCUCAGGUCCGGCGGUGCGGGGUGGGAACUGGCAGUGGACGCAGUCGGGUGGCCGGGGCAGGAUGAGUGGGUCUUUGCGUGCGGCCCUGCGCCUGGGUGCCUGGGCAGCGCGGGGCCGACCCGGGCGGCGACACCUGAGCGAGGCGGCUGGAGGCAGCGGUGGGGCCGAUGGCGGCGGCGGCGGCGGCGGCUCGGGGUCGCGGGAAGCAGUGGAACGACUGGUGCGGGAGCACCCGGUGGUGGUGUUUAUGAAGGGCAGCCCGGCGCAGCCCCUCUGCGGCUUCAGCAACGCCGUCGUGCAGAUCCUGCGGCUGCACGGCGUGGAGGACUACCGUGCCCACGACGUGCUGCAGGACCCCGACCUCCGGCAAGGAAUAAAAAACUACUCCAACUGGCCUACCAUCCCACAAGUAUACCUCAAUGGUGAAUUCGUUGGUGGCUGUGAUAUCCUCCUCCAGAUGCAUCAGAAUGGAGAUCUUGUAGAAGAGCUAAAGAAGUUAGGAAUCCGCUCAGCACUUCUGGAUGCAGAAAAAGACCAAGAAAAAAAGUAAAAUGAGGAAAAGAAAAAGAUGCCUUGAUGGGAAGAAAUGAAAUCUUUGAUAAGAACUUGUAACCAGUAAAGCCUUAUGUACUUCAGUUCAAAGAAGGCAUCUUUUUACACUGACAUUAAGAUUUAUCAGUGGAUGUCUGUUAGCUCAUGGUAAAUGUAGUGAUGUCAGUAUUUUGAUUUAUGGAUAUUGUGAAAAUUUGAUUAUAACCACUGUACUAUAAAGCAUACACAUGUGGAAAUUGUUUUUAAAAAAAGUGCACUUCUAAAAGGAUUCUUUUGAUUGAUGCAGGAGUAAACCAAAAGAACUAAUAAUAAUGCUAUUUUUAUUGAUUUUGAGUGUUUCUUUGUUACACAAGCUUGUGCAAACAGUGUUUGCAUUCCCUUGCUCUUGAAAAAGUGCUAAGUAGUGCUUGUGCAUCUGUGGGUUUUCUUGGUUUUUUUUUUUUUUUUUUUUUUUUUUUUUUUUUUUUAUAACUCCUGAUGAUAAGAAUUCCCAAGAGCCUGUAAAGUUUCUGCUAUCUCACAUGAUAUAGGGGAAAAUAGCCCUCAAACAGUGCAUAAGAAAUCACGGUAUGAGAGUGCAUGAAAUACACUUUUGUUCCAAAGGGUAAAAAUAAACACACUAGUACAAAUACAUGUAUAGUGGUCAUUUAUUACUUUGUAUCUUCCCAUUAGCUUUUAAAGGACUGCUAUGAAUUGUGCCUGAAGAUUUUUAUAAAACCUUUUCUACCUCUUGCAGAGUGGCUUUUCCCUGUUUAUAUACUUGGUGUACUGCAGUUUCUCUGUCAGUUCUAGAAUGUAGGAAUUGUUAAGGCUUCAGUAUUCUUGUUUGCAGUAGUACAGGAGAAUACUUCAGUAGUUACUGUAUUAUUUGCUAGUUACUAAGUUAUCUGUUUAGAUCUGUUGUGUUUCCAAGUAUUGUCUCUGCACAGCUGUGGUUCCUGCACUAUGGUCUUCAGACAGGGGUUAAACAGUUUAAAGUUUCAUUGGAGACGAGAUCAAAAAGUACAGCAGAAGGGCUACUGAAAAUAGCCAAAGUGUUUCUUUGUUGGAAGCUCUGGGAAGUCUUCAAGCAAGUAUCUAACCUUGUUUUCCUGUGUGCAAAUAAAUAAUCUUAAAACAGUGUGGCUUCACCUGGACAGUAAUACUGCUAAGGAUAAAAAUUAAUCACACUGUUUUUUAAUGCCAUUUACCUUUAUGAAUGCAGACCAAGGAAUGGUUUGCGUGUGAGCUAAGCAAGUGAUUGGAAAUAAAGCGUUUCAUGUA